AUGGUAGAAGAAAAGACUGACAGUGAACGCAUCGUUGAAAUCUCGCGUGGUAGUAAAGAAGGCAAGACGGUAUGGCCAUGCGACGAGAAUACUGCGUAUGUUCAGCUGGAUAUGCAUGGCUUAGCAUUGGUUCCUCAGCCUAGCAACUUUCGCGACGACCCUCUGAAUUGGCCCAUCUGGCUGAAGUGGUUGGUUCUGCUCCAAGUGUCCUUCCUGGCCAUGCUUGGUCCCUUCAACUCAUCAGUGGUGAAUCCGGCACUGGUUCCACUUGCGGCUCUCUUUAAGGUCCCCGUCGGGUCUGCACCCUUACAAACUACCACCACCAUCAUUUUGGCCGGCGUAGCGCCGUUGUUUUUCGCACCGUUGAGCAAUAUUUACGGACGACGGCCUGUCUAUAUGUUGUCGACCAUCGUUGGUAUCGUGGCCACUGUUGGGUCGGGCGUAGCAACCAGUUGGGCGGGGCUGAUUAUCGGCCGCGUCUUCAGUGGUAUUGGUACGGGGGCCGGGAUGGCACUUGGUGCGGCAACUGUUAACGACAUGUUUUUCUUGCAUGAGAGAGGAACCAAGAUGGGUGUCUGGACCGUCUUCCUCAACAAUGGAGCCCACGCGGGCCCUAUAAUUGGGGGAUACCUCGCGCAAAAAGCUGGCGUUCGCUGGUGCUAUUACCUUCCUGCUAUCGUCAACUCCGUUGCUUUCGUGAUCAUGUUGUUCGCGCUGCCAGAAACGUUAUUCUCCCGGUCUAAGGAGAAUCUCGCCAGGCACAAGGAGCGCACCUAUCCACAAAUGCUUUUUAGCUUCAGCCGGAACGCGUUGCUUGAUAGGAGGCUGCAUAUUCGGGAUCUCGUACGGCCGUUUGAGAUGCUCAAGUAUCCAUCCAUUUCGCUAACUUUCAUAUACUAUAUUGUCUCAUUUUGCUUCUCAUCCAUCCUGCCAGCGGUUACAGUAGCGAUUCUCUUCACCAACAUAUAUCACUUUCAGAGUGGUGUCAUUGGUUUGAUGCUUGGUCUUCCCCUUCUCAUCGGCUCUAUGCUCGGUGAGAUCAUGUCGGGACCGUUCUCAGACUGGGUUGUGCACCGGUAUGCCGAGCGCCACGGUGGCAAAAGAAAGCCAGAAGCCCGUCUCAUCGCCUCGUUGGGAAGUAUGCUACUAUGCCCCGCUGGUAUCAUCAUCUAUGGCGUCUGUCUUCAGCGGCGGACUCAUUGGAUUGGACCCGUGAUGGGAAUGGCCAUUGCCAGCUUUGGCUUGCAGUUAGUGACUACCGUGAGCUAUACAUACUGUAGCGAUUGUUAUAAGCCACAGUCGGCCGAGAUUGGCAGCCUCUAUAAUUUUGGACGCCAGACAUUUGCAUUCCCGAUAGGGUUCUAUGCGCUACCCUUCGCAAAUCGGAUAGGAGUCCAGUGGGCUUGGAUAACGCUCGCUUUAAUUACAGCCUUAACAUCGAUCGGUAUAAUUGUCCUAAUGUUCAAGGGAGAGCAGUGGAGGAAGAGGUUGGGAAAGCCGCAGUUCCAUACGGACAUUUAA